AUGGCCUUCCUCCAGACUCAGCUACCAAGUCUGUCUGCUUUAGGACCCGAUAUGUAUACUACGCUGCCUUCUAUUUUGACCUCUCCACUCAAGACUUUACGUCGCCAUCGCCUGGCGCGCCUGCGGGCUGAAGGAGAUACUAUCGGCACCGCUCUACAACCUGGCAGUCGUCAAUAUAGCCAAGUACAUGGAUCCUCCGGAGCCAGUCUACCUGACUUUUUGACCUCCGUUCCUAUUGCCAAACUCCAAUCCAACCAGCCGCUGAUAUCUACAUCAUACUCACCCCUCUGGAUGUCUAGCGGCGUUCGCCCAAAUGUAUUUCAUUCCCAAAACCACCUCGCAUCUCUCAGAAGGGCAUUAUCAAGCGUUGGCGCACAAAAUGUGGCAAUCAGAAAUUCAACGAGAGGGCUAUCGACGACAACUACAAGGAAUGUCUGGAACCAGCCCGUAAGGACAAACUUCUUCCUGGGGCCUCCUCGGAAUGGUGGAUUGAACAUCAGGGCGCAGCAUCGCAAUUUCUCCCAUACCACCAAGCUUGAGAACCAGAACAUGCUCGCCCAUACCGAACGAACCGCAAACAACAACCCUACCAGCGCCACUGCUCAAACUGCAUUUUACUCUGCCCUUCUUCGGGCUAAUAUGCCAAAGAUUGUCAUCGAAAGAUACCAGACCGGUCGUUAUGCUUCCAGUCCAGCUGCAGAUGCCUCUUACCUCAAGGCUCUGCAAAUGACAGGUUCAGUGCCCGCACCCGGAAUGCCCGGUUCAACCUCUGUAUCUACCGGGUUGAGUCCUGAAAGAUUACAAGCCGUGGGUCAAGCAGUAGCCGGGCAGAACUAUGGCGGCGGCAUGGUCACACCUGGAACUAAGCCCGGAACAGGGGCCAAGGAAGCACCCCUCUACGUGGUCGUUGAAGAAUCCUGGGGUGCGACGAUCUUGAAAUGGUUCAAGACAAUCGUCUGGGUCGCUCUUGCAGGCUAUUUCCUACUGGUCGUUCUCACUAUGGUCGUCGAGUUUACUGGAAGCUUUCGUACUCGUGUUGGACAAAAUAAUGAAGUUCAGCCACAGCAUCAGACUGUUCGAUUCAAUGAUGUCCACGGUUGUGACGAAGCCAAGGAGGAACUCCAGGAGCUGGUCGAAUUUCUCAUCAACCCUGAGAAAUUCAACCAACUUGGCGGAAAACUUCCUAAAGGUGUACUGUUGGUUGGUCCCCCGGGUACUGGAAAGACCAUGCUUGCCCGCGCUGUCGCUGGUGAAGCAGGAGUACCUGUUUUCUACAUGUCUGGAUCCGAAUUCGAUGAGCUUUACGUGGGUGUUGGUGCCAAACGUGUACGGGAUUUGUUCUCCCAAGCACGAACCAAGGCACCGGCUAUUAUCUUUAUUGAUGAGUUGGAUGCUGUUGGAGGCAAACGCAACGCUCGCGACCCUGCCUACGCCAAACAAACACUCAACCAGUUGUUGACCGAGCUGGAUGGUUUCAGUCCUAGCACUGGAGUUAUCCUGAUUGCCGCCACCAACUACCCCGAAUCACUGGACAAAGCCCUCACCAGACCUGGUCGGUUCGAUCGACACGUCAAUGUUCCCUUGCCUGACGUACGAGGCCGCAUCGAAAUCUUGAAGCAUCAUAUGAAAAACGUACCUGUUGCCGCUGAUGUCGAUGCAACUAAUCUUGCCCGGGCCACAAGUGGCAUGUCCGGUGCCGACCUCGAAAAUCUUGUGAAUCAAGCCGCUGUUCACGCAUCCCGCAUGAAGUACAAGAAGGUCAACGCCACAAACUUCGAAUGGGCCAAGGAUAAGAUUAUGAUGGGUGCUGAGGCAAAAUCUCGCCUCAUACGGGAGAAGGACAAGGUCAUGACUGCCUAUCACGAGGCUGGCCAUGCACUAGUCAACCUUUUUACGCCCAGCAGUAAUCAGUUAUACAAGAUGACUAUUAUUCCCAGAGGUCGUGCUCUUGGAGUUACACACUUUUUGCCUGAAAUGGAUGCGGUCAGCAUGAGCUACGACCAAUUCCUUGCCCAGAUUGAUGUGUCUAUGGGUGGCCGGGCAGCUGAGGAAUUGAUAUAUGGACCUAACAAGGUCACGAGCGGUAUUCAAAGCGAUGUCCAAUCGGCCACUCAGACCGCUUACCACCUUGUCACCCAAUGCGGCUACUCAGCCAAACUUGGAAACGUGGAUCUUGCCAGUGACUACAAUAAUUUGUCGAGUGAAACAAAGCAGGAGAUCGAGCGUGAAGUACGGGACAUUAUCGAGGCCGGAAGACAGCGUGCGGAUAAGAUUGUCAAAGAAAAACGGAAGGAGCUUGAGGCUCUGAAGGACGCUUUACUCGAGUUCGAGACUCUUGACGCCGAAGAGAUCAACAAGAUCAUGCGCGGAGAGAAAUUAAGACGUCUCGAAGUCGAGUUGCGGGAAAAUGAAGAAAAGACCAGUGAGGGUGGUGGUCGAGGAAACAACCCUCAGCCACCCAAGAAGGAGAAAGAGACAGGCCCGAAGGGUGGUGUAGGAAUAAAACUUCCUGACGUCCUAUUGCCGCCUGGCACUGGUGGACGUGGAGGUGAGAAGGAGAGCGUUCGAGUGAGCGAGAGAUGA